AUGGAGGCAGUGGAUGCUGUAAACGGAACGCUGGCUGCGAUGAGGGCAGAAUUUCAAGAAAGGAUGGCGAAAUUUGAAGCUGGGCAUAGCGGUACGCCAUCCAAACUUGCAUCUGGCGGCACCUCAAGCUUGGCACAGGACUACUGGGCAUUCAAGCGGUUCAUUUUUGAUGCACUUGAGUGUCUGCAACGGCAGAUGGAUUUCUUUGUUCGGGACAUGGAUGCGUUGGAGAUGAGAGGCCGUAGAAAGAUGCUCUUGAUCCACGGAGUCCCUGAGAACAAGAAUGAAAACACAGCAAUGGUGGUUGCAAGCAUGGUCCAGGAGAAGCUAAAAGUGGAUAGCUUCACUACCUCUGACGUCCGUAGAUGUCACCGGGUGGGCAGCUUCCCCGGCAAGACAAAACCCAGACCCAUACUGGUCAAGAUGCAGGAUGUAGAUACCCGUGACAAGGUCUGGUACAAUAAGACCAAACUAAAGGGCACGGGUAUCACAAUAUCGGAGUUCCUGACGAAGACACGUCACCAGGUCUUCAUGGCAGCGCGGAAUGGGUUUGGUGUGGCGAACUGCUGGACUAAAGCGGGCCACAUCUACGUCCUGGGACCGGAUGGCGUCAGGCACCGCAUUGCGAGUCUCACUGAAUUGCGUGCGAUUGGCGAGCCCGCAGCAGUUCCCGAGCAGUCUCCUGCAGCAGUUCCCGAGCGAUCUCCUGCGGCAGUGGCACGGAGAGGGAAGCGCGGCGCCACUAAAAAGUGACUUCGAUAAUCCUGCUGCGUUCGGGUAACAAUUUCACUUCCUAUUUCCUUUGUCUUGAGGUAGUAAUCGAAUACCUUCACAACAUUAUAUUUAUUACUUUGAUGUAUUUAUUGCCUCUACCCAUCUUAACAUAUCAUUAUUAUAUUAUAUUUUAUUCCUAUACCCUUCUAUAUUUUAACUAUUUUCUAUAUAUUUA